CUGGAACAGAAUAAGGUUUCAGAAUCAGUCUCGUUUCUGAGCUUUCACUCACGCCCCUCUUCUCGGGUUUUGAAACAUUGAUUAAGUCUGCAGUGAGAGCAAAAAUGGACCUCCGAAAACCCAAAUCAAUGAGGUGCCAAACAGAUGUUGCUCUGAGCAUUACUAGGCAUUUAUUCUCAAAACAAGAUAAUCAGGACAAGAACAUUAUCUUCUCGCCCUUCUCUAUCCACGCUGCUCUCAGCGUCAUGGCUGCUGGUUCAGAUGGCCGCACACUCAACGAGCUUCUUUCCUACCUCCGAGCAGACUCCAUUGACCAUCUCAGCACCUUCUUCUCUCAGGUCUUCUCCUCCGGCGCUGCUGCACCUUCACGUUGUCUGUCUUUUGCCAAUGGAAUGUGGGCUGAUAAAUCCCUUUCACUUUCCUAUUCUUUUAAACAACCUUUGGCCACUCAUUACAAGGCCACUCUCGGUUCUGUCGAUUUCCAGAACAAGGCUGAUCAAGUGCGCGGUGAAGUGAAUUCGUGGGUUAAAAAAGAGACUAAUGGCCUAAUUAAAGAGCUUCUUCCUCGUGGUGCAUUGGACAAAACAACCAGGCUUAUCUUUGCAAAUGCACUGCACUUCAAGGGUGAGUGGGAACACCAGUUUGAUGCUGGAUGUACAUUCGAUUAUAAUUUUCACCUCCUUAAUGGCACCUCAGUCAAGGUUCCCUUCAUGACAAACAAGAAGGACCAGUCUAUUAGGGCUUUUGAUGGUUUCAAAGUCCUCCGUCUUUCUUAUGAACAAGGUACAGAUAAAAACCUCCAGUUCUCCAUGUACAUUAUACUUCCAGAUGCCAAAGACGGACUUUCAGCUUUAAUUGAAAAGAUGGGUUCAGAAUCUGGUUUCUUGGAAGGCAAGUUUCCUGAGGAAAAAGUGCAAGUAGGUGGUUUCAGGAUUCCAAAAUUCAAUUUUUCUUUUGCCUUUGAAGCUUCUAAUGUGUUGAAGGAGUUGGGAGUGGUUUCGCCUUUCUCUCAAUUGGAUGCAGAUUUUACAAAAAUGGUGGACAAUCCCGUGGAUGGGUUAUACGUUGAAAGUAUGUUUCACAAAGCUUCCAUUGAGGUAAAUGAAAAAGGCACUGAAGCUGGAGCGGCCAGUUCAUUGUGGGGGCCAACAAAGUGUAUUAAGAGGGGUAUCGAAUUUAUAGCUGACCACCCUUUCCUCUUCUUGAUCAGAGAAGAUUUGACCGGAACAAUCCUCUUUGUUGGACAGGUGCUCCAUCCUAAUGGAGUAUCCGCACGGGUGAAGUCGUAUGAUUUCCCUUUUCAUUUUCCUUCCUAUCGUGAUCUUGGGCUAUCAAAGAGGAAGAGGCUAACUGAAGAUGAUGGGGGAGAAGAUGUUUUUCUUAUUGUAAAGCAAGGAGGUCAAAGUAAAAAUAAAGCACGGAGGUCAAAGUCAAAAUGAGUGGGUUGAAUGAAACAUGUAAUUGAACGAAUAUUGGGUACUAAAUUUUUUAUGUUUGAAGUACUUUGUAGGUCUGGAUAUCUCAUGCAUUAUUACUAUUUCUGGCACCCUUAAACUGUUUUUGGCUCAUUUAUUGCAAUUACAUGUUACUGGUGCUUCAAGUCUACUGGACUUGUCAUUUGUGUAUGCUGGAUCCAAUGGAGGACUAGAAUUCUGUUUUAGGCACCCAAAGUCCAA